AGGAUAAGAGAGAGUAAGUAAACCAUAAACUCAUAAACCCAAAACAUGAGUUUGGUCACGAGUUUGCAACUCAUCCUCCCGCCACGGCCGAGAGGCACCACCUCCAAGUUCUUGUGUUCAUUGAAAAACUCAACACAACAAAUUCAAGAACUCUCUUCUUCUUCUUCUUCUUCUUCUUCUUCAAUCCCUCUCUUACCAAAACUAAUCUCUUUUGCUCUUGCUCUCUCUUUAACCUCUUCUUCUUCCCCUGCCUUAGCCAUUCCUUCUCUCUCCUCUUCUCAGCCACUCACCACUCCUUUCACCCAAUCCAAGUUCGUCCAGACCGGUCUUCUCAAUGGCAAAAUUAGGCCUUGCCCUUCUACGAACCCAGGAUGUGUAUCCACGAAUCCAACCUCAUCUUCCUUCUCAUUUCCAUUACCAAUACCUGAAACCGAUAAACAAAAUCCCAUUCAGAAAUUGAAAGAAGCAAUAGUGAGCACUCAGAAGAAUCCUAAGUUUGUGGUUCUUGAAGAUACCCCAUAUGGGAGAUAUUUGGUGGCAGAGGUAGAAGGAGGAGGAUUUAGCAGAGAUGUGAUGGAGUUUUUGGUGAAGGAAGAUGUGGUUGCUUACAGGUGUAUGGCCACUAAGGUUACCUUUGUUUAUCCUUUCACUACUGCUUUUGGAGAUUCCAAGGGACAAGAAGAGAGGAUGAAGAAGCUUAUUGACCAGCUCGGUUGGUAUGCUCCUACUUUUGAAUCCAUGGAGUAAAUAGAAUAUGUUCUGCAAGUAAUGUUUUUUUGUUUUGUUUCCAUAGCCUUACAACUCACUACUUGAGAGACAUUAAUAUGAGUUUGUUUGUUUGUUUUGUCCUUUUGAGAAAAUCAAAGAAAGCUUGUUCAA